AUGGGGACGGAUUAUACAUGUUUGAAACGGGCUACACUAAAAGAGCUAUUGGAAGCAAGGGGAAUCAUUGCCAGCAAUAAAGCUAAAGCCAUCCUUCUCGCUGAACUCAUGGAGGGAGACAGAGCAGCUGCUGCAGCACCUCCUAUGGAAACCACUCAGACAGAGUUUGAAAAAGAACUCAAAAGCCGGCUUGUGUUUUUCCCACAACACCCCCCACAGAAACAGUGGAAAGAAUAAUGGCAGAUGAAUAUUUAAUGGCCAAGCAGCAAGCAGACCAGAGGUCCAGAGAGGGGUCUCCAACCCCACCCCGCAUGGUGCAAGGGAAGCCCAAAAUCCCCUACCACGCUUUUAAAAAUUACGUGGAAACAGAGGACAUUGAUGGAUACUUACACAACUUCGAGAGACUAUGCCAACUACAUGACAUCAGCGCAACCGACCAAGUACCCCUGCUGGUGGGCAAGCUAGCGGGCCGGGCAGCUGAAGCCUACCGCACAAUGCCAGACGAGGACAGCAGGGACUAUCAGAAAGUGAAGCAGGCCAUCCUAACCAGGUAUGCCAUAACCCCGGAGGCAUACCGGCAGCGGUUCAGGGAGAUUCAAAAAUCGGAUCGAAACUCCCACAUGGAGUGGGCACACAGCUUAACCAGGACCGCCAAAGGAUGGGUCCAAGCGGCGCAAGCCACUACAGUGGAGGACAUGCUGCAAUUACUUCUAUUGGAACAAUUUUUCCAGGGGUUAACCCCGGACUUACAGAAUUGGCUGAGAGAUCAGAAACCACACACCUUACCCAAUGCAGCCAGAUUGGCAGACGAAUAUCAAGAUGCCAGAAGAGCACAGUUACGGCCCACCACAGGGGUCGCAACCCCACCUCCAGCUACUACCACAACCCCGACACUUCGUCCCGGUGGGGGGAGCUACCAACCCCCACCCAGGUACAACAACUGUUCCUUUAUCCGUUGCCACACGUGCAAUCAACAGGGCCACAUACAGCGAGAUUGUCUCAGGAACAAGAACAGAUCAACCUGGAAUAAUCCGACCAAUCCCUCCGGUAACCGGGCGGCCGUACACUGCUACCAGAAUGAGCCCCGACAACUACCAUUUUCGACCGGAUCCACUGAGGAACCCCUGAGUACAGGCAGCUUCCGACAACCGACAAUGACACCGACAAGGGGUACAUAUAGAGGGAAAACGCAUCCAGGGUCUGCGUGACUCAGGGGCCACCAUAACUUGGUUUGUAACCACUUAGUCCCAAAGAACCAGCUCACUGGGGAGUACGUGGCAGUACGGGUGGCAUGGGGAGCAAUAUACAAGAUUCUCACUGCCAGGGUACAUUUGGAUUGGGGAGCGGGGUCAGGGGACGUGGAAGUGGGCCUCAUGCAAGAUUUACCGGCCGAUGUUAUCUUGGGCAAUGACUUGGGGGAGCUGACUUCAGCCUUUGUUCCCCAACACCCCGCGCAGGAAGCGCUACCAGUCGUUACCCGGCAGCAGGCUCGCACCACCGCAUCCUCCGACCACUCUGAGGCUCAGGUAAGCAACAGUCACGCACCCCCUAUUGUCCCCUGGGCACAACCCUUAGAAUUUGGUAGUGAGGUAGCCACCGACCCAUCUUUACAAGUGUACCGAGAUAGGGUAGCGCAGAAUCAGGCUGGGUUGGAGGGGGAGAGAUAUGCUUGGGAGAAAGGGUUGCUGUACAGAUUAGCAGAAAAGGUAGUAGCAGAGUCGAUUCCCAUGUCCAUUAAACAAUUAAUCGUUCCUAAAAAGUAUAGGCAGGAAUUACUAGGUAUUGCACACGACAUCCCCCUGGCCGGGCAUUUAGGCGUCAGUAGGACCAAGCACAGUUUGACACAAAAUUUCUUCUGGCCAGGCGUCUCCAAAGACAUCCGGCAGAAUUGCCAAACUUGUGAUACUUGUCAAAGAGUAGGGAAGAGAGGAGACCGGUACAAGGCGAAACUUCAUUCCCUCCCCAUAAUAGAAGAACCAUUCAGUAGGUCCCAUAGUGUUCUCCCCACCUCCCCUCGUCCCAUAGUGUUCUCCCCACCUCCCCUCGUCCCAUAGUGUUCUCCCCACCUCCCCUCGUCCCAUAGUGUUCUCCCCACCUCCCCUCGUCCCAUAGUGUUCUCCCCACCUCCCCUUGUCCCACAGUGUUCUCCCCACCUCCCCUUGUCCCACAGUGUUCUCCCCACCUCCCCUUGUCCCAUAGUGUUCUCCCCACCUCCCCUUGUCCCAGUGUUCUCCCCACCUCCCCUUGUCCCAGUGUUCUCCCCCACCUCCCUUGUCCCAGAGCUGCUCCCCAACCCCUUGUCCCAUUAGUGUUUUGUCCACUGUUGUCCAGUGUUCAGCUAGCCCCUCACUCCUUGUCCCGUGUUCUGCCCCCUCCUCCCUUGUCCAGUAGUGUUCUUUGGCCCUCUCCCCUUGUCCAGCCAGUGUUUCUUUGCCCUCCCUUGUCCAAUGUGUUCCCAUUUGCCCCCCCUCCUCCUGUCCAAUGGUGUUCUUUUGCCCCCCCCCCCUCCUCCCCUAGUCCAGUGUUUGUUAACCCCUCCUCCCUAGUGUGGUGUUCUGCCCCCUCCUAGUCAGUGGUGUUCUUUGCCCCCUCCACUCCCUUGUCCCUGCAUAGUGUUCUUUUGCUCCCCUCCCUCUGUCCCAGCCAGUGUUGCUAACCCCACUCCCCUGUUCCACGCCAGUAUUCUUGGCUCCCCCUCCCUGGGUCCCAUAGUGUUUCUCCCCUCCCUGGGUCCCAUGAGUGUUCUCCCCUCCCUUGGGCUCCCAUGGUGUUUCUCCCCCCCUCCUGGGUCCCGCCAGUGCUCCCCUGUCCCAUAGUGUUUCUCCCCUCCCACCAGGUCCCAUAGUGUUGCUCCCCAGAUCCCAUAGUGACCCUCCCUCCCUCCCAUGAGCCUCCACACGUCCCAUAGUGUCCUCCCCCCUCCGUCCCAUAGUGUUCUCCCCCACUCCCGUCCCAUAGUGUCCCUCCCCUCCCCCUUGACAUUCUCCCAGAUCCCAUGGUGGUGUUCCCUGUAGGUCCAUGUUCUCCCGUCCCUUGGUCUCCCCCACUCCGUCCCAUGAGUAGUCUUCCUCCCCGUCCCAUAGUGGUCUCCCCCCCGUCCCAUGGUCUCCCUCCUCCCCUAUCCCAUAGUGUUCUCCCCCCCGUCAUAUAGUCUCCCUCUUUCCCCGUCCCAUAGUCUCCUCCCCCCUCCCCAUAGUGUCCUCCCCCUCCCAUAGUAUUCUCCCCCCAUCCCAUAGUGUCCUCCCCUCCCCCGUCCCAUAGUGUUCUCCCCUCUCCCAUAGUCUCCCUCCUCCCCCGUCCCAUAGUGUUCUCCCUCUCCCUCUCCCUCUCCCCCUCCCCGUCCCAUAGUGUCCCAUAGUUAUUUACUUACCCGUAUUGCAGCGGGGGCAGGUGUUCUAUCAGUUUGGUAUACCCCGUCAGAUUGCUAUCCGGCCGGACUGUUAGGAAGGUGCACACCCGGAAACCGGAAGCUGAAGCCUUAGUUCCUGUCCGGCGGUGCGCGCUGUGCGGCCGGCCCACCAUAGCCAUAUAACCCCCCCCGCUGGCGGACCGGUAAGUCGGCCUUCACACCCGCUCCGUGAGCCGCACUGACACUCCCCCUCAGCCCUGAGUGCGGGCACUGGGAACAGCUGGCUCUCUGAUACUGCAGGACAGACUGCGACAUGUAUAACACACAGAUAAUAAUAACAAUAACACACACUGUAUCACAAUAAUAAUAACACACAAUGUAUCACAAUAACACACAAUGUAUCACAAUAAUAAUAACACACAAUGUAUCACAAUAAUAAUAAUACACAAUGUAUCACAAUAAUAAUAAUAACACAAUGUAUAACAAUAACAAACAAUGUAUCACAAUAAUAAUACACAAUGUAUCACAAUAAUAACACACAAUGUAUCACAAUAAUAACACACAAUGUAUCACAAUAACACACAAUGUAUCACAAUAAUAAUAAUAACACAAUGUAUAACAAUAACAAACAAUGUAUCACAAUAAUAAUACACAAUGUAUCACAAUAAUAACACACAAUGUAUCACAAUAACACACAAUGUAUCACAAUAAUAAUAACACACAAUGUAUCACAAUAACACACAAUGUAUCACAAUAAUAAUAACACACAAUGUAUCACAAUAAUAAUAACACAAUGUAUCCCAAUAAUAAUAACACACAAUGUAUCCCAAUAACAAUAACACACAAUGUAUCACAAUAAUAAUAAUACACAAUGUAUCACAAUAAUAAUACACAAUGUAUCACAAUAAUAAUAACACACAAUGUAUCACAAUAAUAAUAAUACACAAUGUAUCACAGUAAUAAUAAUAACACAAUGUAUCACAAUAAUAAUAAAACACAAUGUAUCACAAUAAUAAUACACAAUGUAUCACAAUAAUAACACACAAUGUAUCACAAUAAUAAUAACACAAUGUAUCACAAUAAUAAUAACACACAAUGUAUCACAAUAAUAACACAAUGUAUCACAAUAAUAAUAACACACAAUGUAUCACAAUAAUAAUAAUACACAAUGUAUCCCAAUAAUAAUAAUAACACAAUGUAUAACAAUAACAAUGUAUCACAAUAAUAACACACAAUGUAUCACAAUAACAAUACACACUGUAUCACAAUAACAAUACACACUGUGUAACAAUAACAAUACACAAUGUAUCACAAUAACAAUACACAAUGUAUCACAAUAAUAAUAACACACAAUGUAUCACAAUAAUAAUAAUACACAAUGUAUCCCAAUAAUAAUAACACACAAUGUAUCCCAAUAACAAUAACACACAAUGUAUCACAAUAAUAAUAAUACACAAUGUAUCACAAUAAUAAUACACAAUGUAUCACAAUAAUAAUAACACACAAUGUAUCACAAUAAUAAUAAUACACAAUGUAUCACAGUAAUAAUAAUAACACAAUGUAUCACAAUAAUAAUAAAACACAAUGUAUCACAAUAAUAAUAAUAACACAAUGUAUAACAAUAAUAACACACAAUGUAUCACAAUAAUAAUAACACAAUGUAUCACAAUAAUAAUAACACACAAUGUAUCACAAUAAUAAUAACACAAUGUAUCACAAUAAUAAUAACACACAAUGUAUCCCAAUAAUAAUAAUACACAAUGUAUCCCAAUAAUAAUAAUAACACAAUGUAUAACAAUAACAAUGUAUCACAAUAAUAACACACAAUGUAUCACAAUAACAAUACACACUGUAUCACAAUAACAAUACACACUGUGUAACAAUAACAAUACACAAUGUAUCACAAUAACAAUACACAAUGUAUCACAGUAAUAAUAAUAACACAAUGUAUCACAAUAAUAACACACAAUGUAUCACAAUAAUAAUACACAAUGUAUCACAAUAAUAAUAAUAAACAAUGUAUCACAAUAAUAACACAAUGUAUCCCAAUAAUAACACACAAUAUAUCACAAUAAUAAUAAUACACAAUGUAUCCCAAUAAUAAUAAUAACACAAUGUAUAACAAUAACAAUGUAUCACAAUAAUAAUACACAAUGUAUCACAAUAAUAACACACAAUGUAUCACAAUAACAAUACACACUGUAUCACAAUAACAAUACACACUGUGUAACAAUAACAAUACACAAUGUAUCACAAUAAUAAUAACACACAAUGUAUCACAAUAAUAACACACAAUGUAUCACAAUAAUAAUAACACAACGUAUCACAAUAAUAACACACAAUGUAUCACAAUAAUAAUAACACACAACGUAUCACAAUAAUAACACAGUGUAUCACAAUAAUAACACACAAUGUAUCACAAUAACACACAAUGUAUCACAAUAAUAUUAAAACACAAUGUAUUACAAUAACACACAAUGUAUCACAAUAAUAACAACACACAAUGUAUCACAAUAAUAAAACACAAUGUAUCACAAUGUAUCACAAUAACACGCAAUGUAUCACAAUAAUACACAAUAUAUCACAACACAAAAUAACACAAUGUAUCACAAUAAAACACAAUGUAUCACAAUAAUACACAAUAACACACAAUGUAUCACAAUAACACAUAAUAAUAAUACACAAUGUAUCACAAUAACACACAAUGUAUCACAAUAGUAAUACACAAUGUAUCACAAUAACACACAAUAAUACACAAUGUAUCACAACAAUACACAAUAAUAAUAAUACUACACAAUGUAUCACAAUAAUAACACACAAUGUAUCACCAUAAUAACACACAAUGUAUCACAAUAAUAAUAACAACAACACACAAUGUAUCACAAUAAUAAUAAUAAUAAUACACAAUGUAUCAUAAUAAUAACACAAUAAUACACAAUGUAUCACAAUAACACACAAUAAUACACAAUGUAUCAACACACAAUAACACAAUGUAUCACAAUAAUACACAGUGUAUCACAAUAACACACAAUGUAUCACAAUAACACACAAUAAUAAUACACAAUGUAUCACAAUAACACAAUGUAUCACUAUAAUAAUAAUACACAAUGUAUCACAAUAACACACAAUAAUACACAAUGUAUCACAAUAAUAAUACACAAUGUAUCACAAUAAUAAUAAUGAUAAUAAUACACAAUGUAUCACAAUAAUAACACAAUAGCACACAAUGUAUCACAUUAAUAACACACAAUGUAUCACAAUAAUAAUAACACACAAUGUAUCACAACAAUACACAAUGUAUCACAAUAAUAAUACGCAAUGUAUCACAAUAAUAACACACAAUGUAUCACAAUAAUAAUACACAAUGUGUCACAAUAAUAAUACACAAUGUAUCACAAUAAUACACAAUCUAUCACAAUAAUACACAAUGUACCACAAUAAUAACAACACAAUGUAUCACAAUAAUAAUAACACAAUGUAUCACAAUAAUACACAAUGUAUCAGAAUAACACACAAUAAUACACAAUGUAUCACAACACACAAUAACACAAUGUAUCACAAUAAUACAGUGUAUCACAAUAACACACAAUGUAUCACAAUAACACACAAUAAUACACAAUGUAUCACAAUAACACACAAUGUAUUACAAUAAUAAUACACAAUGUAUCACAAUAAUACACAAUGUAUCACAAUAAUACACAAUAAUAAUAAUAAUACACAAUGUAUCACAAUAAUAAUAAUGAUAAUAAUACACAAUGUACCACAAUAAUAACACAAUAGCACACAAUGUAUCACAAUAAUAACACAAUAACACACAAUGUAUCACAAUAAUAACACACAAUGUAUCACAAUAAUACACAAUGUAUCCCAAUAAUAAUAACACACACUGUAUCACAAUAAUAAUACACAUUAUAUCACAAUAAUAAUAACACACAAUGUAUCACAAUAAUAAUAAUACACAAUGUAUCAGAAUAAUAAUAACACAAUGUAUCACAAUAAUAACACACACAAUGUAUCACAAUAAUAACACACAAUGUAUCACAAUAAUAACACAAUGUAUCAGAAUAAUAAUACACACUGUAUCACAAUAACACACAGUGUAUCACAAUAAUAAUAAUACACAAUGUAUCACAAUAAUAACACACAAUGUAUCACAAUAAUAAUACACGAUGCUGGUAUCACAAUAAUAAUACACAAUGAUACACAAUGUAUCACAAUGAUACACAAUGUAUCACAAUAACACACAAUGUAUCACAAUAAUACCCAAUGUAUCACAAUAAUAAUACCCAAUGUAUCACAAUAAUAAUACACAAUGUAUCACAAUAACAACACACAAUGUAUCACAAUAAUAACACACAAUGUAUCACAAUAAUAAUAUUACACAAUGUAUCACAAUAAUAAUACACCAUGUAUCACAUUAAUAAUACCCAAUGUAUCACAAUAAUAAUACACAAUGUAUCACAAUAACAACACACAAUCAUACACAAUGUAUCACAAUAAUAAUACACUAUGUAUCACAAUAAUAAUACACAAUGUAUUACAAUAAUACACAAUAAUAAUAAUAAUACACAAUGUAUCACAAUAAUAAUAAUGAUAAUAAUACACAAUGUACCACAAUAAUAACACAAUAGCACACAAUGUAUCACAAUAAUAACACAAUAACACACAAUGUAUCACAAUAAUAACACACAAUGUAUCACAAUAAUACACAAUGUAUCCCAAUAAUAAUAACACACACUGUAUCACAAUAAUAAUACACAAUAUAUCACAAUAAUAAUAACACACAAUGUAUCACAAUAAUAAUAAUACACAAUGUAUCAGAAUAAUAAUAACACAAUGUAUCACAAUAAUAAUAACACACAAAGUAUCACAAUAAUACACAAUGUAUCACAAUAAUAACACACAAUAUAUCACAAUAAUACACAAUGUAUCACAAUAAUAACACAACGUAUCACAAUAAUAACACACACAAUGUAUCACAAUAAUAACACACAAUGUAUCACAAUAAUAAUACACAAUGUAUCACAAUAACACACAGUGUAUCACAAUAAUAAUAAUACACAAUGUAUCACAAUAAUAACACACAAUGUAUCACAAUAAUAAUACACGAUGCUGGUAUCAGAAUAAUAAUACACAAUGAUACACAAUGUAUCACAAUGAUACACAAUGUAUCACAAUGAUACACAAUGUAUCACAAUAACACACAAUGUAUCACAAUAAUACACAAUGUAUCACAAUAAUAAUACCCAAUGUAUCACAAUAAUAAUACACAAUGUAUCACAAUAACAACACACAAUGUAUCACAAUAAUAACACACAAUGUAUCACAAUAAUAAUAUUACACAAUGUAUCACAAUAAUAAUACACCAUGUAUCACAAUAAUAAUACCCAAUGUAUCACAAUAAUAAUACACAAUGUAUCACAAUAACAACACACAAUCAUACACAAUGUAUCACAAUAAUAAUACACUAUGUAUCACAAUAGUAAUACACAAUGUAUCACAAUGAUAAUACACAAUGUAUCACAAUAAUAUCUGCCAUGACACACAAUGCUGGUAUCACAAUGCCGGUAUCUACCAUAAUACACAAUGCCGGUAUCUGUCAUGAUACACAAUGCCGGUAUCUGCCAUGAUACACAGUGCUGGUAUCACAAUGCCGGUAUCUACCAUAAUACACAAUGCCGGUAUCUGCCAUGAUACACAAUGCCGGUAUCUGCCAUGAUACACAAUGCUGGUAUCUGCCAUAAUACACAAUGCUGGUAUCUGCCAUGAUACAUAAUGCUGGUAUCACAAUGCCGGUAUCUGCCAUGACACACAAUGCUGGUUUCACAAUGCCGGUAUCUGCCAUGAUACACAAUGCUGGUAUCUUCCAUGAUACACAAUGCUGGUAUCACAAUGCCGGUAUCUGCCAUGACACACAAUGCUGGUUUCACAAUGCCGGUAUCUGCCAUGAUACACAAUGCCGGUAUCUGCCAUGAUACACAAUGCUGGUAUCACAAUGCCGGUAUCUGCCAUGACACACAAUGCUGGUUACACAAUGUUUUGUGGCUAUGUGAUCCUAGAGAUGUGCUGUCAUUUUAUUUAUCCUUUUACAUUGUGGUCCUAAAGCAUUAAUUGAUAAUGUAGUAAAGGACCAUUAUAUAUACUCGUUUUCCUGGCUCUAUAGGGUCCUUGGGUCCCCCUCCCGCCGGGCUCUAGGGGGUGUAAGGGGUUAAAUCUUACCUUUUUUCCAGCGCCGGGCUCCCUCGGCGCUGGGGACUCUCCUCCUCCUUGUUAUCAUCAUCGGCUGAAUGCGCAUGUGCAGCAAGAGCCGCGCGCGCAUUCAGCAAGUCUCAUAGGAAAGCAUUUUCAAUGAUUUCCUAUGGAUGCUGGCGUUUUCUCACUAUGAAAAUCACAGUGAGAAGUGCGGAAGCGCCUCUAGCGGCUGUCAAUGAGACAGCCACUAGAUGCUGGAUUAACCCUAAAGUAAACAUAGCAGUUUCUCUGAAACUGCUAUGUUUACAGCAGGCAGGGUUAAUCCUAGAUGAACCUGGCACCCAGACCACUUUAUUGAGCUGAAGUGGUCUGGGUGCCUAUAGUGGUCCUUUAAUUGCUUGAUAAUGUAUUAAUGCUGUGAUGGAGAAAAGGGUGAGGAUUGUGCGACAUCUCGCAUUAUUUAUUUUAUUUAACUGGUCCUAUACAGUUCUGUUAUCUAUAGUGUUCCACAUUUGUUUUAAAUGUUUUUUUUUUGUUUUUUUUUAUUUUAUAGUGCAGAAUAUGUCGCAACAUUGUGGAUAUAAUAGGAAAAUGAAGUUUGCCUACGCAGAGGCACAUUUAUGAUAGUGGCGGAUGUCAACAUAACAUUUUAACUGUGCGUGUGUACGCUAACGUGGGGAAUCAUAAAAAUGAAAUUUUAAGCAGAACUGAAAGUCAGGUACAUUAAUGACAUUAACGUUGAAAUUGCCUGCGCUGAGGCUUAGCUUAGUCAUGGAGAGGCAUUGUAUGACAGGCGUGGUUUUCUAAACACAUAAACCUAUUGUGCUCAGUUAUUGUGACCUAGACAGGCGUUCGCUCAGGAUCAUAAACGUCAGGUAUUAUAGGCAUAGUGGAGUCUAAUACAGUUAGUAUGCUUACGUCUUAGUUAUCAUCGUGUAUAUCGCGUUAUAUCUUUAAGAGCAAAGCAGAGGGCUGCGUGUGGUACCUAGGGAAAGUGCGAUCUAUGGAGGGCUAAGGAAUGGGGUAGGCGUUUAAUAGGUACAUACGCAUGUAUAUAUGUUGUGUAAACAGCUCAGUUAUAUAUUUAAGUGUAUGGUUUCUCUUUAGCCUAGGUUUGCACAGGGGCCUAAUUUGGCUUUACAUAGGAAUAACAGUUAUUAGCGUUUCACAAGUAUUGAGUAUCCUAUGGCUGUAACUAUGAAGUGAGCAAUAAUAAUCAAUAUUAAACUUUAGCUCAUGAGGGCUCUAUAACCUAAACAGCGUAUUCGUUUUUAAACUGAUUUAUAUAAAUGUAAUAUUCAUCGCACAUUGUUGAUUAUAAAGAUUUAUGCAUGCAAGAAUGUCGUCACCAGUCCACAUACUUUGCACUGCAGUGCAUCUUCUAGGAUCUCAGCGGUUGGGUGCUGGCUUAAUAAUCAUCAAGCAGUGGUACCUUGUAAAAUAGAAAAUUGAGAGGGGAUGGAAAGAGUGAGGAGAUAAACAAAAAGGGGGGGGUGGGAAAGGGGAGCCAAUAGAAUCAACAUGUUCGUUCGAGGACUCUGUAAUACUGGGUCCAUAGAACAUAGGAAAGUGAGUCCCUUCUCUGGAGGGGGUGUUGUAGCGCUCAAUGCGAGGGGACCCUCCAGCGCGGGGCCAAUGGCUUCCUGGGUGUUAUCUGGUUUAGCAUCCCUCUGCUGUGGAUUCUGUACAGACUUGUACCAGGUAUGCCUAUAUAUGCUGAAUGGGUUGUUCACUCCUAGGCCCUUCCAGUGCCCCCCGUGUGACAAAUCCCCUCCUUCCCCCAAGGGCAUGCACCUGCCAUGCAGCAGAAAGUUCCAUAGUGCUGUGGGCACUCAGGUACUCGAACAGUUCGGCAGUCUCUCCUCCCUGUGGGCGCUGUGUAUCUGGUGGCACACUGCAUUAGAGGUGCGAGACUGUAUGUGUGUCGAGUGAUAUAGGUAGGGUUCUGACCUUUUGAACACUAUCGUGUCUAGGUUAAAAUUAAAACAGUAUAACAACCCCUAAUAAACAAAAGAGAAAAAAAAUGUAAAUAAACUGCUAUGGGUGUGAACAUGCUCUAACGAGGCACAGAGUCGUUCUGUACUCAAUCUAAAGCCAUGUCUUGCGGAAGGGUGGUUCCACUUAUUCUUUUGGGCCUUGGUACUGUGUGGAUUGGUCUCGGUUGUUCAUGAGGACUCCGAUAUGUAGUUGUACCCUUAGUCAUUCCAGUGUGAGCACUCUCGCUUGAGUUUAAUACAGCUAUGUGUGCUUUUCCAGAAAUGCAGCCCAUCUAUGGUUGGCCUCUACUGCUGUGGGGUUUGGUUUGAUAAAUUUGCUAGCCAUCCACUCAUAUUCUCAAUUCAGUGAUACUUGGUUAAUAAGAGUUUGUUUUGUUGGCGGGUGAGGCUGUUUCCACCCUCUAGCAAUAAGUGUAACUGCUGGUAUGAGUACUUGAAAUAUUAAUUGUCUCUCUAUUCUGGGCCUAGAGGUGAGGUGCAUAAAGAGGAUACCUUGAUCUGGUGUCAGCUUGUAUGGUUGUCCUAGUAUAUUGGCAAUGACUUCUUCCACCAUUUCCCAAUAGAGAGCGAGAACCGGGCACGACCACCAGAUGUGAUACAUUGUCCCCUGGUCUGCACACCCUCUCCAGCGUUCCCCCUUGGCCCCUGGGUAAAUUCUAGAUUAUUUGUCCGGGACCAUGUACCAUCUAUAUAUAAGAGUUUUCUCAUAAUCUCCAAGUGCGAGGAACAGGUAGUGUGGCCUUGUGUGCCAUAAAAGCUUGUUUCCUGAGAUUGCCCUGUGGCACUCACCCCCUGACGAGAGAAGGUGGGUUGAUCUAGAGUCAGGACUAAUGGGAGCAGAUCUCCCGCAGUUCUACAUAUGGAUGGACAAACAACACAGAGCUCUACCUAGAACUGACUGCCCGGCCUUACUGGGACAGAGUUAAGAAAAAGCUUGCCCUAACUUCGGACCCAUCCCCUAUGACCUCCUACCUGAGAAAUAGGGCCUUCCCACUGGCAUGCAAGCGAGGGACUUCGCUGGCCCAGAGAAAGCUGGCCUGCAGAGGUUCAAACACCUAUACCACUCGUUUGUUUCCUUCAAAGAACUCUCGCUACACCACCCCUUAGCACCAAGGGACUUUUUCCGAUACCUGCAAUCGCGAGACUUCGCGACACGAAGCAAUGUAAGAGUGGCGGCAGAGCGAACCCCAACAUUAAUUUGAAAGGCUCUGCGACCAGGAACUGGGAAGCAAAGGCCUCAUAACCACCAUAUACAACAAGAUUAGUUCCGAAUUCGCAGAAUGGGGCAAUUUGACCUACAUGGACCGGUGGGAGGUGCAGAAGAGUGGGUUGUGGCUGGACAUAUGGGAAGCGGCCUCCAAAGUUUCCAUCAGUGUUGGGCUCCAGGAGCAAGCGAUCAAAACAAUGAUGCGCUGGUACACCACACCCACCACAUUAUACCGCAUGGGCACGGGGGCUACCGAUCUCUGCUGGCAGGGCUGCGGUUAGUGGGGCACCUACGUGCACAUGUGGUGGACAUGCACGAAAAUAGUAACAAUUAGCAAAGCCGUCCGGACUUGGAGCCUUCUCUGCGGGCAGUAAGGCAAUAGCUUUCAACGCCUCCAAUCUCGUAAUUGGGGCCGAGAGGUACGCUUGUUGCAUGGGGGUGAAUUUGGGCAAGUGGACCUUAUCUAGGAAGGCGGCUAUUUUGGGUUCCUGGGGUUGAGGUACAGUUGGGUCAUCCCUGAGAUUAUAAAGUGACUCGUAUUUUGCAAAUGCGUUGCUAAUGUCCUUGGGUGCUACUAUUUUGUUCUUUGGGCUAAUAAUUUGCCUGCUUUAUUGCCUUGCGUGUAGUUCAGGGCUUUAAGUUUUUUUAAGUCAAAGCCUACCUUAUCCAGAGACAAUUGAUGAAUGCGUUGCGUUAAUUGUGUGAUUUGUUUUUUCAGCGCCUCGUUUGGUGUGAUUUGAUUUUGUGUUGUUACACGAUGUAGGUCUGUUUGAUAUUUUAACAAUUGUGCUUGAGAUUUCUUUUUUAAAAAGGAUGCUCGUCGUAUUAAAAAUCCCCUAAUCAUGGGUUUGUGGGCUUGCCAUUGAAUAUUUCGGGUAACGUCUGCGCUGUCAUUAGCUUUGAAAUAUUGCGUUACUGACGCUUCUAGGUCUUUAGUAAAGCGUCUGUCCCUCAUAAGUGCUGUGUUUAGUCACCAUGGGCUCCUGUGGGUAGGAUCAUAGAGGUCCUUUAGCGUCAGAACAACUGAGGCAUGGUCGGACCAAGUGACCUGUCCUGUCUCGCAUUGGUUUAUUUGGUUCAUGCCCGGACCAGAGACAAGCCAUCAAUACGAGAGUAUGUAUUAUGGACUGAGGAGAAGGUGUACCCCCACAUGGGUGGCCCUCCGCACGUCAUACAGGUGGUAAUCGUGAAUGAGCUUUCUCAGUGCUUUGCCUUGUUUUUUGAGUGGAGCAUUGCGAACUCUAGCUGAGGCCAGAGUCGUGUCUAUUGCGGGGUCGAACACAUAUUUUUAAGGUCUCCACAUAUAAUUGUGGUGCCUUGUUGGAUAGAUUGUAGUUUUAAUAUGAUUUUGUGGAGAAAAUUCCGCUGAUUUGUGUGCGUAUCUAUAGUAUAUUGCAUAUCGUUAAGCAUGCCGACAAUAAUAGUGUACAUGCCGUCUGGGUCUAUGUGUUGGGAGUGUAGGAGAAAAGCCACCUUCUUGCUGAUCAAUAUCAAGGUGCCCCUAGUUUUGUUGGGGGAGGGUUGCGUGGAAUUGGAACGGAUAGUCCUGUUGCAGUAUGUCUGGGUGGGUCCCUGUCAUAAAGUGUAUCUCUUGCAAGCACACUACAUCUAUUCCCUUAGUUUUGAUUUCCCUAUACAAGAGGUGUAUUUUCACUGGAAGGUUGAGUCCUCUAUAUGUAUAUCCUCACAGUGCGUUUUAAUCCAGAAUUUGUAAUACUUUUAUAGCAAGUGUCAUUAAAGGUGACUCCUGAGCUGUUAUUCUUAGCUCUCUUACAGUGGAACAUUUCUAACAUUGCAGACAGUAUUUUACAGUUCACCAAUCAGACACGUCACGGGGUUCCCUCUUCCUCUUCCUGUGCUAGAUAGUUUUUAUUUUUUUUUAUUUUUUUUUCGUCUGACACAUGCAUAUUGUACGUUUUGCAUGCACCAUUAUUUCUCAUCAUGCACUUUUGCAGUAGAUGCCUUGUGCGAAAAAGGGGGAUGGGCUGUCCAGCUUCUUUAAAUUAAUGUACACUAAUAUCCUAAUGCUAUCUCAUCAUUGCAUCUUUACAGGUUCUGACACAUUGAUUUGUAUGCCUUUUUUCACUCUUAGAUGCCCCCCAAAAAGGUGGCAAGAGUCAGGAGAGCCCUAGAGCUGCCUGUCAAUGAGGAAGAAAAAAAAGGCAAUGUGACUGGAAAACGAAAACGAGAGCUGGAAAAUACUAUCCAAGAUCCCAAAAAAUAUAAGAAGAAAAAUGUUCUGCAAGAUACCCCAGAGUGCAGCAAACGUAUGUCCUUCCAAUAUAUUAUGCAGUCGUUGGCACAAUAUAAAAUCAUUUGGCCAUUACUUCUAUAACAUGUCUCGGAAUCUUAGCACUUGAAUAUUACACGUGAAAUGUACUAAUUCUUGUCUAUCAGUGUUGGUGAUUGUUGGGCUUAAUAGAAAGUCAGACCGCACCACUGUAGGUUUUUUGAAUAAUAAAGUUUCUACAUAAACAACUAACAAUGAUGCACAUGAUUGAUUAUACCCAUUUGUAGCAGGUAAAAAUACAUCUUUUUGGUUCUUUGGCCAACCAAGGAUGAGGAGGACACCUCUAACUAUAUGCACACCCUCUCCUAGUAAUCAAACAAACCUCCUUUUGCCCAUAGUCCCUCUUCCGACAUUAUGUUAGCCCACGCAAGGGUCGUGUCAUUCCUGAAAUCCAUACUAAAGAAAGUAAAAAUCCUCGAUUUUAAUUGAUAUGAUUAAAGUCACACUCAUGACCCCAGAGUGCUUUAUGUGUAAAGAGUGUUUCCUUUCUUUCCACCCUUCAUUUGGCAAAAAAGUGCAGAUUCGAAUAAGUAAUUGACACUUUUAUAAAUUAACUUUUUACAGCCCCCCUGCCCCCCAGCUGUCAAACAACCGUUCCUGUUGCUUGCUGGUUGUUUAGCUCAGUGGACCUUAACUCAAGAGGCAGCAGUUAAUCAGAGCAAAAUCUCCAAAAAGGAACGCACAAGUUAUCCAACCCAAUAGAUACACUAAAACUUAACAUUUAUAAUGUCCAUCAAAUUAUAAAUGUAAUAUAUAAAAUAUCGUGAUUCCACCUUAAAUACUAGUGACCGCUUUCAAAAGGAGCCAAGUGCAUAUCAAAUUGAAAUGGAAUAGCUGAGAGGGGCCUGCCUAUAGACUCCGUGUUUGACUCAAUCAAUAUAUGUACGUGUAUAUAUCUUAUAAAGGGGUUAUUUGAGCAAAGGCAGUAAUAAUCACAAUGGAAAGGGAGAUACUAAAUUAAUAGAAACAUAAAAUGUGACGGCAGAUAAGAACCAUUCGGUCCAUCUAGUCUGCCCAAUUUUCUAAAUACUUUCAUUAGUCCCUAGCCUUAUCUUAUAGUUAGGAUAGCCUUAUGUCUAUCCCACGCAUGCUUAAACUCCUUUACUGUGUUAACCUCUACCACUUCAGCUGGAAGGCUAUUCCAUGCAUCCACUACCCUCUCAGUAAAGUAAUACUUCCGGAAAUUAUUUUUAAACCUUUGUCCCUCUAAUUUAAGACUAUGUCCUCUUGUUGUGGUAGUUUUUCUUCUUUUAAAUAUAGUCUCCUCCUUUAUAAUAGUUAUGUCCCCUUUGAGGAGAAGAUUUAAAAGGAAAAAAAAAACAUCUGUACAUAGCAUUUAUUAAGCAGGUGUGUUUUGGGGAAGGGCUACAAAAACUAGAAAAAAUAAUAUAGGUUAUGCUAAAGCAGUAUAUAAAAGAAAAUCGUAAAACAUAUAAUAUGGAAUAGAAAUGUUGCAUAAUGUAUCCAUGUCAGAAGAGGUGGCAGGAGGUAUGCUAAACAAUAUGUGUAUAUAGGUACCAAAACAACUUAAUCUAAGGGACGUUGUUAUGGUGCCAUCAGGCCCCUGGAGGCACUCUUACCUUAAGGGUUAAACUGUUUUCAAAUGGUUUAACUCCUUAGUUGCUUCCAACGCUGGUCUCAGCUCCUUCCCUGGCAGCUUCCGGCUUCUGUUAUCCAACUUAUAGGAAGCACUGAUUGGCUGAGAGCAGUCAUCUGGCACUCUCCGCCAAUCCAUGACACCCCAUUCACGAAACUGGCUUGGAAAAGAAAGGUUUGAAGGGGAGGGCUUGCAAAGGCAGCAGACAAGAGAUCUCUAGCUUUUACAAGCCGUUUUUAGAUAUCCCCCCAAUGAACAAAAGGCCUAAUUGAAUACAUGUGUUUUUCCUUUGGAGUAUAUCCACUAAACAGUGAUUUUAUUUUGUAUUUUGGCAGUGAAGUGUCCCUUUUAAAUCCAGAUCAUUCAGUCGGAUAGCAGACAAACUUGAGAAUCCCAUGUCUCCAGUGUACUUGUGUGAGAAGAGGUUUGAUUUUUUUCCAGAGACAUUACACUGCCAAGUUCGUCUUGUGCACACAGCUUCUAAACGAGAGUUUGAAACCGAACACUAGAAUACAGAGAAUAAGACCAAGCGCACCACCAAACAUGAACUCAUUCACAAUCAUACUGCCUAAACCACCAAGCCAUCUUGAAAGGUCAAAUGUCCAAUCUAAUGCCUGCGGUACUUGCUCAAUCAUGUCAGUACUUUAUGAAUGUUACCGAUAUGCUCUUCUAUCAGUAAUGAAUUAUGGGUAAUAAACAUAUCACUCACUACCCACUAAUGCAGUGGUAUCCAACACUAUUGUUGUUGAAAUUUAGCUUUCUUAUGAUAAUUCUAUGGCAGCAAUAGUUUCUCAGCUUAAAGUCAUUUUUUGUAACACUAAACUAAGUAGACAAGCUUUCAUUCUAUUCACAUCCCUAAAAAGGUCUGAUUUUUAUUGUUUGAGUUUUGCCUUUCUAUGCUGAAAUUUCCUAACAUUGCUUUAUCUUUUCUUCACUACCUCCUCCUCCUCUACAACAGCCCUUCAUUUCCAAAUUUCAAAGUGUCAAUUGCUUGUCUAGAAAAGUCUGCAAGUACUUUAGCAAUGACUUUCUACCGUAUUCGGUCUGUGUAGUGAUUUGACAAUUUAUCACACAGAUGGACAUAAUGGAAGCAUACAGACUACGCAUGGAGACAGAAAGAAAAGCAUUGUCCAUUAUCUGUACCGGAGUACGUUAGGGGGAAAUGUUCGAGCAAAGGUAAGUUACUAAUAAAAAAUUCCUGACUCCUUUAAAUUGCGUAUGACCCUGUCCGAUGAUUUAAUAAUGUUCUCUCUAAACUUGUGUGACUUUGGCCAGUUGCUUUACAGACAUUAAAGGGUUGCUCCAGUUACUUUUUUAGGUCCCUUAUUCUUGUUUUAAUAUUUCUAUUCUGUAUAUUUCUUUAGGUCCUCCCCUGAAUUUUAGCCAGAAUAAACUUUAAAAAUACUUGACAAAUUACCUGGAAUCCAGUGCUGUGCUAUAUUCUCUCCAGUCGUUUCCACUUUCUUUGUUGUCGCGCAGCGUCAUCUUCAUCUAACUUGUGGUCCAAUCAAUUGCUUCUCACUGACGCAUUGAUUGAUCUUAUGGUGUAUGCGUGGCAAGUGAUGCAAUGCAUCAAUCAGAGCCAGGGAGGGUGCACUGCCAGGAGGUGGACAAGGAGGAGGGAAUUAGAGUGGAAGGGACAUGUAUAAUGUAGGGUUUAGGCUGUCAUUUGGGAAGGAGGUGAAAUAUUUAUAUUGCGGCACAUCACUAGAUAAUGUACGUAUUGUUCAAAGGGCUCCUACUUGCAGGUGCACUCACAGCUCUGCCUGCAAACGAAGAACCUGUUUAAGACUGUGUCAGGUUGCACCCCCUGGACACUUGACUUAAGCAUACUAGAACUUUGUUCUGGAAUGCCUUAUGUUGGUACUGUGCAAAUAUUACAUCCGUCGUCUGUACGCAGUGCACGCUGGCAACAGGCAUAAUUAGCUUCAAUUGCAGGCAGCGCUGUGAGUGGGAGUUAGGAAAUUCUAAAUUAAACAGAAUAUGCAAUAAAGGAAGUUUAAGCUUUAGAUCCCUAUUUACAGAAAGUGUUUAGGAAGGCUGUGCAAGUCACAUUCAGGGGGCUGCAUUAACAAAGUGAUUUUAUUCCUAAAUGACAGGAAAUUGAGCAGUGAGACAGCAGGGGCAUGACCUCUAAACCAAAUCCAAAGUUUUUUUUAAAUGAUUUAAUAUAUUUGGAAAAAACGUUUGUAAUAAUUUCAAAUUAUUAAAUUAUUUUAAUUCCGCCCCCACCCCUCCACCCCCCAAAAAAAAUAUUAAAUCAUUUGAAAAGUUUACCAAAAUUAUUAAAUCGAGGCCUUAAACAGAGCAUUUUGUAACAUGUAAUGCCAGGAAACUAUAGAAAAAUUAUGUGAUCUAAAGAUAUGUACAUUUUUUACUCCAUUUUGUGAAUGGGGAGCUACAUAUUGAGUGCUUGCUAAUUAGCAGCCGUACAUAUCUAUUCUCAGUGCCUACAGACUCGAUUCCUGCGUUCUCUGGCAUCUUACAUUCUGUAUCGUACCAAUAGUCCCUUUGACAGAAGAGUUACCACCCUCGAAUGGCAUCCCACUCAUCCGAACACUGUAGCUGUGGGUUCAAAGGGUGGUGACAUCAUCCUGUGGGACUACGAGGAGCUCAACAAUACACUUAUUCCAGGGGUACGUACAAUCCACUGUCUGAUGUAGCAGGUGUGUUACCUCUCCAAAUUCUCUUCCUUAUCUGAAGGAUUCAUUUCUCUUUCCAGAUUGGGGCUGGAGGGUGCAUUACAGGAAUGAAAUUUGAUCCUUUCAAUGCAAAUCAAAUCUAUACUUCGUCAGUGGCUGGCAGUACUGUCUUACAGGAUCUAACAGGCCGAACUAUACAAAUGUUCACUAACACAGACGACUGGGCGUAAGAGAGUGUGUUCGUUAUGGGAACUGUAAAAUCGAAAUUUGUCGUGAAAAUGUGGCAAAUAAUAAUAAUUUAGUGACUGAUUGACUUCUAACCUUGUGUCACCUGGGCGCUGCUUCAUACCUCCUCUCUGCACGAACCAUUCGAUACUGAGCAAAGCCCAGCAGUGCAGGAUUUAGCUCACUGGUUGAGAGAGAUCAGCUGAUGCUCUCAGCCAAUAAGCUGACGCUACAUUGCAUGUCUACUUCAGGCUCUCCAUACCAGAGAUAGUGGAGGUGGGGAGCAGCCCUUAUUAAACCGUCUGUAGUGGUUAUGGUGCAUGUUUUCCAUAUAAUGUUAACAAAAUCAUUUUAAAAUGUGUUUUGCAGUAUUGUGUGUCAGUAUGUGUCUAACUUAUUGACUGUUCUUUUCUAGAAUGUGGUACUGCAGUCUGGAUGUAUCUGCCAGCCAGCAGUGUGUUCUGACGGGAGAUAAUGUGGGCAAAGUUGUGUUGCUGGAGACCUGUGGGAAGGAGGUAGGUGUUUUUUUUUUUUUAUCUAUCUGGCUUGGAGUAUUCUAGAUAUUUGUGCUGCUUUGUAACCUAUGUUUAAUCCUUUCAUGUUGAAAGGCCUCCAGGACUGUAUUCACAAGUGACUGAUCACAUCUGUCUUUAGAUCUGGAAGUUACGGCUACACAAGAAGAAGGUGACACACGUAGAGUUUAAUCCACGUUGCGACUUCCUGUUUGCUACUGCCUCUGUGGACCAAACUGUCAAGCUCUGGGACUUGAGAAACCUUAAAGACAAGUCUAGCUGCUUAAAUACCCUCCCACACGUUCGAGGAGUGAACUCUGGUAAAUGUCUGUGUGCUAAUAUGUGCCCUGUAAUGUGUAACAAUCAAGUUUCAAUCUUACACUCGGUGCUAUGGAGCUAGGCUGCUGUCACUGCUACAGUAGUCCUGUACAGGGAAUCCCAGAUACACUUAAUAUUUUGAUUUGCUUAUUCCACCAACAGGUUGCCACUUCCCAGUAUUAUUUUGUAUUGUCAGAUUUUGAAGUCUUUUCUGUGCGUUACAUCAUCUUUUUUUUUUUUUUUUGAACUUUUUAAAUUUUCUAUGACACUAAAAUGUUACAGCAUUUUUCCUUUAAUUACCAAAUAGGAGCACACACUAUAUUUAGUCAGGGAACAUAUAAACACAAAUGAUUUGCAAUAUUCAGUAUCUUGUCUCUACUGGUAGCUCACAAACCAAACAAAGUAGAGUUCUUUUUGUCACAAGAAUUGAACUCGGACUUGACAAAAACACCGAUUUCUGACAGGUUUUCACAGACAAUCUUUUUGAGCAGUUGAUAAACACAAUUUCUUUUGCUCUUGCAAAGACUACUGGAGGACACUUGAGAAGUGAAUUUCCUCUUUAAAUAAACAUUUAUGGUAUCUGGUUAUCAUGAAUUAUCAUUAAAAUAGUGGCCCUAAUGGCAUCAAAUAUAUUUCUUCACUAUAUAAAUUACAUUGCAACAGAGAAUGCCUUUUAAAAACAAUACAAAAACGUUUUACAAAUUGUAACCGUCACCACCAGUUUGUUUUUUUGUUGUUUUUUUUGUUCCUUAUCUUACUCUGUCCUAUAUCUAGGGUAUUGUUGGCAGGAACAAUUUUCUAUACUUUUCUUCCUUGAUUGGUUCAUCAGGAAUAUAAGAAUGAUAAUUGGCUUACCCAUGCUUACAUUCUCUCUCUCUUUUUAUUUUUUUGAAUAUGUUGACUGAUUUCAGCCAUCAAUCAAGUUAAACAUAGUGUAGGCUGAGAUAAAUAAAGCACUGGAAGCUAAUUAAUAUUCCAAUACGUCAACCAGGAUGUAUAAAAUAAUCCCUAAAUCAAUGUUGGAAGCAGAGAGAGAACAACAUACAAAAUACAGACAUAUAUAGGACAAGAGUUCUAUUCUGCAAAAUGAAUAAUAAAUAUAUAUAGGCAAAAUUUUAAUUCAAUGGUUGUCUUUGAUUAAUGUACUGUCUCUUGGAUGCACUUACUACUAACUGAGUACAUGAAACUUAACAGGAAGAGGGAUGUCCUCCCCUUUCGGCGUCUAUUGAUGGGGGGGGGGGAGGAGGAGAGAAAAGGUUUGAUCAUGUCUUUUUAUUUCUGAUGCAGCAUGUUUUAGCCCCUGGGAUGGUGCAAAGCUUCUUACCACUGACCAGCAUAGUGAAAUUAGAGUAUAUUCUGCGAGUGAUUGGUGCAAACCACAAUGCAUUAUUCCACAUCCACACAGACAGUUCCAGCAUUUGACUGCCAUAAAGGUUAGUUCGUUUUAUGUGUUGUGUACCGUAAAAUAGCAUGGGCUCUUUUAAUUUAUGAAAGGGGAGAGGUAACCGUAAAACCAUAAAGAAUGCUAUAUUUCAAUAACACAAUCUUUUGGAUUCAAUAAAAUAAAUUGUAAGCCGAUUAUAUUAUAUAAUAUAGGCUCUGAUUUCAUAUUUUGAAUAAGCUCUUCAAUUUAUUUAAACAUUUUCAAUGAUCUAUUUUUCAUUUGUAGUACGUUUUGUAUAAAUGUGCUGGAUAUUCAGAAGUAUUGAAGAAACACUAUAGGGUCAGGAACACAAACAUGUAUUCCUGACCUUGUAGUGUUAAAAUCACCGUCUAGCCCCUUGGCUCUACUUGUCCCCCUAAAUAUAGUAAAAUCUUAACUUUAUUCCAGUCUGCUGCUCCUGGCUCUUCCUCAGAUCUCCCUCCUUGGCUGAUUUCAUCAGAAGUGAUGAUAGAAACCUAGAAUGUGACGGCAGAUAAGAACCAUUCGGCCCAUCUAGUCUGCCCAAUUUUCUAAAUACUUUCAUUAGUCCCUAGCCUUAUCUUAUAGUUAGGAUAGCCUUAUGCCUAUCCCACGCAUGCUUAAACUCCUUUACUGUGUUAACCUCUACCACUUCAGCUGGAAGGCUAUUCCAUGCAUCCACUACCCUCUCAGUAAAGUAAUACUUCCUGAUAUUAUUUUUAAACCUUUGCCCCUCUAAUUUAAGACUAUGUCCUCUUGUUGUGGUAGUUUUUCUUCUUUUAAAUAUAGUCUCCUCCUUUGCUGUGUUGAUUCCCUUUAUGUAUAUAAAUGUUUCUAUCAUAUCCCCCCUGUGUCGUCUUUCCUCCAAGCUAUACAUGUUAAGUUCCUUUAACCUUUCCUUGAUCUCAGCCAAUCACAAUGCUUCCCCAAAGGAAAGCAUUGGAUUGGCUGAGAUUGCCAAGGAGGUGCACCAGGGGCACAGUCAAACGCUGACCUGGCCAAUCAGCAUCUCCUUAUGGAGAAGCAUCAAAUCAGUGCAUGUCUAUUAGGAAAGUACAGUGUCUCCAUGCAGAGAGUGAAGACACUGAAUGUCUUGUGCAGCACUGCCCCAGGAAGCACCUCUAGUAGCCAUCUGAGGAGUGGCCACUUGAGGUAUCCAGAGGCUGUAAUGUAAUGUAAACACUUGGGUGAUUUAUUGACUGCAUUGGGUUUUAAUUACUGUGCCAUUGAUCCUUAGAUUUUUUUUUAGUUUUUGUAAUGUAAACCCUGCCUUUUCUCUAAUAGGCAGUUUUUACUGCAACAAAGCCUGCAGAGACUGACUAUGCUCACCAGAACAAAUACAUUAAGCUGUAGUUGUCCAGGUGACUAUAAUGUCCCUUUAAACUUGGCUGUCAGUCAGGAUGUGUAACUUUCACAGUUAAUGUAAACAUGGGUGGGGAGCCAUCAGUGCCAGUUUCUUUGUUUACAAAUGUAAAAGCAUAUCGAAGUGCCUCUGCGUAAUGCAUGCUUAUUUCAUCACAGUUGUAACUUUAUGACCCAUUGGACAGUGCGGGUACUCCAGACUUCACUUGAUGGCAAAGAUUACGUCUUUUCUCUGAGCCUGAUGUGCCAGAAAUAUAUAUCAAAAUUAGUGGUUACGUUUUUCUUGUCAAUCUUUAUUUUAUUGAAGCAUUGUGAGUGUUGUACAAAGGAAGGAAAAGGAGAAAUAUAUCAUUGAUAAAGCACGGGUAUAUAGUGAACAGUAACAUCAAUACAUUCUCACAUGAACAUCUUCUUUUUAAAGGACGUUACGUUGGCGAGUUAGAUAGGCAUUUUUUAUUAUUAUAGAGUAGCAUUCAAGCUAAUUGAUACAGGCUAGGUCUAGCUUUUAUAUAAGAGUAUGUUAUGCGUGUUUAGUUUAAGCAUUUCACAAGAAAUCUUUAGUAGGCUGCAAGCUAUAAGCCAAGUGUAGGGGGAGUAAUCCCCUGUAAAUGCUAUAGUCUGACUAGGGGCACACGUGUUGUUAUAAUCAAGACAACUGCCGGUAUGAGAGCAUCAAAGGGAUUAAAUAACAGACUGAUUUACUUCUGAAAUAAAAGAGAAGGACAUAGCUGAGGUGUUUGGGGGGAGGGGGGGGUCACCUAAUAUUGAACUUUGCCAUGAGUUGGUAAGUAAAGUUUUUGGGUCAAGUGACAGGAUCACUGAGAGUCAAUGUCCGCCCGUGUAUUAGGCAAUACUCAACUGUAGUAGUGUAGUUCUCUCUGGGUGUCAGUCCGUGCAGGGUGCUCGGUCAUGUGUGUGGGCCCAGUGUUCAGGUCGCUGCGUCAGCCAAUUCCCUUGUUAGGUCGUGUGGCGGUUGGAGUGUGGAUGGUCAGGAGAAUGCUGGCUAGAAGUUAGGAAGUAGGGGCCUCUCCCCAGCCCCAGGCCUCAUGUUGGGUCGGCUUCUGCGUGCCACAGACUUGGGUGUACAUAUGAGCCGGGUCUUUCCCUGUAUGGGCGCGCGAGUGGCCCCGGUGUUCAAGCUGUGCCUUGCAGUGCAUUGGGGCGGCGGGAGAGCAGCCGUCUCCCCCGUAUCCACCAUGUGUGUAGGCCUCAAUGGCUGGAUGAUCAGGACCAGAGCGGAUAACCUCGGGAGUGGUGCCAUCAUGUAGGUCUCGGUGUCCCGAGUCAUUUAGGAGUCAAAAGAAGUCGGAUCACAGGUUCUGCUCAGCGUGAAUCGAUUCUUUUUGCGGUAGAUUGCAGGAGCAACAGCAACGUGCGUCUGCCCUGCUCUGCAGUCAGGCCCCACCACCCCUAUUUGUUUGUUUUUUUUGACACAUACACACACAGGGUUUCUCACUAAAGUGAAAAUUGUCAGGAAAUCAAAAUGGAAUUUCAAAUUUUGGACAAAAAUAGCCAAAUUGAGCAGAGCUGACUUGGAGAAUUUUUACAAUUCAGCUUUUUUUGCUCUCGGUUUGAAAUUUACUUUGAAUUCUCGACAAUUCUAAUUUUACUAAUGAAACCCUGGUGGUAUCAGUUUGAAAUGUUAUGUAAUAUUAAUCUCUUUAAACAUUUUACAGGCUUCGUGGCACCCACGGUAUGACUUGAUAGUUGCUGGGCGAUACCCAGAUCCACACUUCCCAGGGUACACGGCUGACGAAUUGCGUACAGUGGACGUGUUGGAUGGUCAGAAUGGGAACAUUGUUUGCCAACUUUAUGACCCUUAUGCAUCUGGCAUUGUAUCGGUAAGAAGCCAAGCUACCAAAUGUUGACUCAAGGCAUUGCCAAGCAGCUCAGGACAUCUUGUAUGGGCAAGUGGCAUGCAGACAGUGAUACAGACUUGCAAUGGGGAAAGGGGUGCAGAAUUAUGUGUUCCCAAGUUCAUUUACUCUAACAGGGUUGUGUUUUUUUACGCAAGUCACAAUAGUAAUAAUAGUAUUUCCAUGUACAAUACCAGAUAGUAUUUUUUGCUUACGGGGGACUAAUGAGCACACACAUAGGCCAGAUACGUCUAUCAGAUCAGAUCUGAAUUUGUUAUAAUGUUUCUGUUGUCCUCACUGAAUUGACAUCACUCAUUUAAUAGAUUUUUUUUUGUUCUUUGUUUUUGUACAUUUUAUGAAUAUUGGAGCCAAGUGUUGUGUAAUAUAGAUUAUAGAAAAUGAGAAAAUAUACAUUUUCUUCACUCUAUUAUUAGGUCAUAUUUUAAGUUGAUUUGAAUGGAGGACUUCAGCUAAUGAUAAAGAUAAAUGAUAAAAUACAUUCUAUAACAUAGAAAAUACAAUACACAAUAUGUGGGAAAAAAUGUGUUAGCAAUAAAUGCUAUGAACCACCUGAGGGGGAACCGCUUAUACCACUCUAAACAAUAUAAAACAAAUACAUACAAUAGAUGGAACACAUCUGAUGAUUCUCAGUAGACGGUGGUUUGCAGCAUGCAGCCCCAAACACUAAAUUCUCUAACGGUAAACUUGUUGGAUCUGUCCCCAAAUCUUGACUACUUUUUCCUAACCAGGAUCCUUUAAUGGGCCGAGCAAAGCUUAGGAGCGGUUGAUGUAAGGCUAUCAAUGAAGCAUGGACUGUCACGGAAAUCACUGACAAGUGGAAAUAGUCGAACAUGACAGGAACAUGAUGGUGUAAACCUCUUCUUGGGUGAAAAUGGAGACACAAAGUACGGCUGCUUAUGAUGGGUACUCCAGAAAUGUCCUUAAACUGUCGGUAAAAUGAAAAUCUGAAAAAAUUCCAAAAAUCCCCCCCCCCAAAUUGAAGACUCAAUGAGCGAAGUAGAUUUUCAGAAGUUAGAUCUUCAUUUUACUGACAGUGAACAACAGCUUAAGGACAUUUCUGGAGUACCCAUGAUAAGCAGCCGUACUUUGUGCCUCCAUUUUCACCCAAGAAGAGGUUUACACCAUCAUGUUCCUGUCAUGUUCGACUAUUUCCACUUGUCAGUGAUUUCCGUGACAGUCCAUGCUUCAUUGAUAGCCUUACAUCAACCGCUCCUAAGCUUUGCUCGGCCCAUUAAAGGAUCCUGGUUAGGAAAAAGUAGUCAAGAUUUGGGGACAGAUCCAACAAGUUUACCGUUAGAGAAUUUAGUGUUUGGGGCUGCAUGCUGCAAACCACCGUCUACUGAGAAUCAUCAGAUGUGUUCCAUCUAUUGUAUGUAUUUGUUUAAUCAAAUACAUUCUGUCACCAUUGCACAAUUUGUACUUACUGAAUGUCCUGGAUCUCUUUGUUCUAUUGGUAUUUAGAAACAUGUAUUCGAACUGCAAUUGAUUUUUAUAAUAGAAAUGAUGAAAAGUGUUAAAGGGACACUAUGGUCAACUUUAGCUUAAUGAAGCAGUUUUGGUUUAUAGAACAUGCCCCUGCAGCCUCACUGCUCAAUCCUCUGCCAUUUAGGAGUUAAAUACCUUUGUUUAUGAACCCUAGUCACACCUCCCUGCAUGUGACUUGCUCAGCCUUCCAUAAACACUUCCUGUAAAGAGAGCCCUAUUUAGGCUUCAUUUAUUGCAUGUUCUGUUUAAUUAAGAUUUUCUUAUCCCCUGCUAUGUUAAUAGUUUGCUAGACCCUGCAAGAGCCUCCUGUAUGUGAUUAAAGUUCAAUUUAGAGAUUGAGAUACAAUUAUUUAAGGUAAAUUACAUCUGUUUGAAAGUGAAACCAGUUGUUUUUUUCAUGCAGGCUCUGUCAAUCAUAGCCAGGGGAGGUGUGGCUAGGGCUGCAUAAACAAAAAAAAAGUGAUUUAACUCCUAAAUGACAGUGAAUUAAGCAGUGAAAUUGCAGGGGAAUGCUCUAUACACUAAAACUGCUUUAUUUAGCUAAAGUAAUUUAGGUGACUAUAGUGUUCCUGUAAGGUAUUAUUGUGUAAAUGGCUACCAAAUUACUUGGGGACCCAUGACUGUAUUUUAGGGUCUUAGUUCAAAAAGGUAGCUGCUGUUGGUAAAUAAAGGUAUUUUUAUCAAGGCAAGUGGUGUAGUUGACAUUAAAGGACCACUAUAGUGCCAGGAAAAGCUACUCGUUUUAGAGGCUGGGUUAACACUAUUAUUAACAUAGCAGUUUCUCUGAAACUGCUAUGUUUACAGCAGAAAGGGUUAAUCCUAGAUGGACCUGGCACCCAGACCACUUCAUUAAGCUGAAGUGGUCUUGGUGCCUAUAAUGGUCCUUUAAUCUUACUUUAAAUGCCAUCAUUUAGGCAUUGGGGAAAGAGCAGCAGGAUCGGUGUCUCUCUAGAUUUAUAACUUGAAUGUUUUCUGUUCUUCUUUUCAUCAGGUCAAUAAGUUUAAUCCUAUGGGAGACCUGUUGGCAUCGGGCAUGGGUGAGUACAUAUUGAAGUAUUAUAGGACUUGCCUAAUGGCGAAUUCUCAUUUUAUAUCAGGUUGUCCUGGCACAGCCAGAGAAUACUAUGCAAAGUAAUGUAUCCCCCAUGGUUGAAUGUGUGCAUGGGCACCUUAAAGGUAUAUGCACGCAUACAGCACUUUGGCGUUCCAUCGACAUUUUUAAGUGAUGAUGACACCCAGUACUUAAAACUGCUGUUGCGAUCAGUGUGCUUUACACUACACACCAUAGUAAAAAUUGCCCUGAGUGAGGGAAUGACGGACUGUCCCUUUAAGAGAGCAAUGGAAUGAUAAAGGAAAUUGUUUCCUGUUAUAGUAAAAGGCAUAAACACUUCAUAAUGUACUUCCAUUUAUUAGUAGCUCAACAGGCUUUAGUUCAUUCAACGUUAUCAAGUAGGCUCAGAUUAGCGUGCACCUGUCAUGCAAAAAUAACAUGGUAUCACUUUAAAGAUAACCGAAUUUCAUUCAUACAUUGUGCUAUCAAACAUGCUGGCAAAAGUGUACUUUUAAGUGUUGUUGUUAAAAUAUUUUUUGCCAAUAUCAACUGAUGCCAUGUUGCUAAAUCUCUAAAUACGGCCAUUGCAGUGGUGUUAGUUGUGUGGCGCUCUACAUACUAAGCAUUGUGGGCUUGUGCAUGAAUUAUGAAGAUCUGGGGGCGGAUGUGUGUGGGUUCAUCUUUCACAUGGAGUGACGAUCUCCUUGAGGAAGGAAGAAGCAAACUGCAGGUUUUUAUAAACCUGUUCAUACUAUAAAUUAUAUAGUAUACAAUAGAACUGGGCCCAUGCUUAUCCUGUGAAUUUUACUGUUACAAUAUAUAAAUCUUUUUUUAGGAGUGUCCCGUUGAAUAGUGAUCCAUAAUCUAGAAUGUUUGCGCUGUCACACCUCUAGCUUUCCUGUUGGUGACAGACUGCAAAUCUCCUUGGGGCAUUUUUUUUCUAUAUGGCGAGACCCAUAUUUCUUGCACAUUUAGGAUAACUGUACCUGAGAACGACUGUGGUUGACAUUUUUCCUUUUUUAAUUUUUUUAUUUUAGGGUUUAACAUUUUAAUCUGGAGCCGUGAGAUUUUAUUAAUGAUGAAGCAGCAGCAAAUGAUGAAGGCGUUGCGCGAUAAAGGUCUUUUCGUAGGAAGAAAGGAAACGCGGACAUCGCACACGAACAGUAACAAGGAUAAACAAGGAACUAAGCUUGAGAAAACAGAGGCAGGCAGAAUCAGGACUGUCUUAAAGGAAGAGACUAAAACACAUCGUGGAAAAAUGAAAGAUACAGGCAAAUAA